ACACACACACACACACACACAGGGACUUGCUUUAAAUCUGCGGACAGACUCGGAGUAGAGAAACUGCGACUUCGGAUAAAAGCAGAGCAGAAAAUCAUUACAUCCCGGAGGAAACCCUCUCUAACACACAGCCAUGAGAAAAAACACUUACCUUUCUCCUUCUCAGUGCGCUGAUCCUCACAAGUUUGACCCAAAGUUCAGAGGACCUGUUUGCAGGAGGCGUUGUACAGACAUGCUUUGCUGUGUCUGCUUUAUCAUCAUCAUCCUUGGCUACAUUGCUCUGGGAACAGUAGCAUGGGUCCAUGGUGACCCUCGGAAAGUGAUUUACCCCACUGACAGUUAUGGUCAGUUCUGUGGCCAGCAGGGUACCACUAAUGAAAAUAAAGCCGUACUGUUUUACUUUAACAUUUUACAUUGCGCCAGUCCAGCAGUGCUCAUCAAUCUGCAGUGUCCUACAACACAGUUGUGUGUUACACAGUGUCCAGACAGGUUUAUCACCUAUGUGGAUGUACAGUACAGUUACAGCAGGAACCGGAGUCACUGGGAGUAUUACAGACAGUUCUGCAGACCAGGAUUCAACACUCCUACUAAGUCUAUUGUUCAGGUGAUCAGAGAUGAAGAUUGUCCCUCGAUGCUUGUUCCCAGCAGACCCUUCCUACAGAGGUGUUUCCCUGACUUCAUUACCAGAAAUGGCACUUUAACCGUCGCUAACAAAACCACCUUUAAGGACGGACUAGGGAAAAGCAGAAGUGUCUCUGAGCUGCGAGAUGCCGCCAAGCGAGAGGCAUCUGCUUUAUCAGGUGGCAUUUCCAGUCUGCUGGAUGUUAAGGAGAUGGGAGUGAAGAUCUUUGAAGACUUUGCCAGGACCUGGUUCUGGAUUCUAAUAGGUCUGGUCAUUUCCAUGGUGAUCAGUUUGCUGUUUAUUGUCCUCCUGAGACUAAUGGCUGGAGUUUUAUUGUGGAGUGUAAUAUUCGGUGUAAUCGGAGCAGUGGGAUAUGGGAUCUGGCAGUGUUACUGGGAGCAUGUGACUCUGAAAGGGAAGCCUGAUGCUGAUGUGUCCAUCACUGAUCUUGGCUUUCAGACAGAUUACAGGAUUUAUCUGCAGCUGCGCCAGACCUGGCUGAUCUUCUUGAUUGUCCUGGCAGUGAUGGAGCUCGUGAUCAUUUUGUUGUUGAUAUUUUUGAGGAGAAGAGUGUGUAUCGCCAUUGCUUUGCUCAAAGAGGGAAGCAGGGCGAUCAGUUACAUAACAUCAACCUUGUUUUAUCCAAUCAUCACCUUCCUCCUCCUUACUGUCUGUAUUGCCUACUGGGCUGUGACAGCUGUUUUUCUGGCGUCGUCGGGUGAAGCUGUGUAUAAAGUGAUGUCAACACAAGCGAACUGUAAAUACAGCAACAUGACCUGUGACCCUCAGAGGUUCAGUGAGGGGAAUGUGAGCAGUGUGUGUGUGGGUUCUCAGUGUGUGUUUGUGUUUUAUGGAGGUGAAAGUGUGCAUCAUCGCUACAUGGCGGUUCUGCAGGUGUGUAAUUUCUUCAUGUUGCUAUGGUUGGUGAACUUCGUCCUGGCGCUGGGGCAGUGCACACUGUCUGGUGCUUUCGCCUCGUACUACUGGAGCCUUAACAAACCCACUGAUAUCCCAGCAUGCCCUGUGUCUGCCUCCUUCAGCCGCGCACUCAGGUUCCACACGGGUUCUCUGGCUUUUGGUGCCUUGAUUUUGUCUGUGGUUCAGUUCAUCCGCAUGGUUCUGGAAUACCUGGACCACAAACUGAAAGGUGUUCAUAACACUCUGGCACGUUUUCUGCUCUGUUGCCUGAAAUGCUGCUUCUGGUGUCUCGAGCACUUCAUCAGGUUCAUGAAUAGAAACGCCUACAUCAUGAUAGCGAUCUAUGGGAGGAAUUUCUGUGCCUCAGCAAGAGACGCCUUCGUCCUACUGAUGAGGAAUGUGAUGAGGGUGACAGUGUUGGAUAAAGUCACUGACUUCCUGCUGUUUCUGGGGAAAAUCCUGAUCUCAGGAAGUGUGGGAGUCCUCGCCUUCUUCUUCUUCACUGGUCAGAUUCCAGUGUUUCAGGAAAAAGUACCGUCACUGAACUAUUACUGGGUCCCCCUGCUGACGCUGGUGUUUGGAGCAUAUCUAGUGGCUCACGGGUUCUUUAGUGUCUAUGCCAUGUGUGUGGAUACGCUCUUCCUGUGCUUCUUGGUGGAUCUGGAGAAGAACGAUGGUUCUGCAGUGCGGCCGUAUUACAUGAGCAGCUCCCUAAGGUCCAUCCUGAACAAGAAGAACCACAGAAGAAUCUCGGAGAGGAAAAAGGGUGGAGCUCAGAGGACGAAGUGAAGGAAUAAGAGAGAAAGAGAUUUCUCAGGGUCUGAAAUCACAGGGUCUUAUAAACACAGUGAGGAACGGAGACAGGAGCAUCAGGAACAUCAACAUUUCUCUCCUGUUAAAUUAUGAAGAAAACUGUGCUACACUGUAAUGAAAUGAACAUGGCUAACACUCACAGGAGAGACAUUCAGAUCACAUCCUUAAUCUCAUAAACGCAGGAACAUCAGAGAAGAAGAACUCUGAAGAACAUGCUGAGAAGCAGGAAGAGCGAACAUAUAAACACGAGAGAAGAGCUAGAGUAACACAACACACAUCACAUGGAAUGGGGGGGUUUGGGGGGUCGGGUUAAUAAUUUAAUAAUCAUCACAAUAAUAAUAGAUUCUGAUGAACAGACUGUGUUUAUCAUGUGAAGUGUAGUUAAAGUGAAGGUCUUUGCCUCAGCCAUGUAUUUAUAAUUUUUUAUUAUUUUUUUCUACAAUGCUGCUCAGUACACGGUUUUGUAUGAAUUUAUAAAUCAACAUGAUCUCAGUGUUUAGUCAGAGAGAUGAGUUUCUUCUCUCUCAGUUUUCCUGAAUCAGUGUGUGUUUGCAGUUUAACAGCUUGUUUAAAAAACUGAGAAUUUUAAUGAAUACAUGAAGAAUAUAAGCUUUAAUUUUAUUUAUUUUCAUGAUGUUCAAUGUUUAUUUUUUGCUACUGUAUGAAUACAAAUGCUUUAAUAUUGUAGAACUGGAUUUUUUUUAUUUAUAUAUAUAUAUAGACAUAUAUAUAUAUAUAAAUAUAUAUAUAUAUUCCUCCUCAUGUUUAAUCACUUUAAAGGUUUUAUUCCAUGUGUUUGCUAUCCGUCAACUUUGAGCUCAAGUGGAUUUCAGUCUCUGUAGUGUGUGUGUGUGUGUGUGUGUGUGUGUGUGUGUGUGUGUGUGUGUGUGUGUGUGUGUGUGUGUGUGUGUGUACCUGAUUCAGCUCUCUAUGGAGUCCAUUAUAAGCUGAGAUUUUCAGUGCAGUGUGUCACACUUUUAUUAAACAUCUCUGCUGGGGUUCUUAGAAAUAAAAACAU